GGUAGACUAGCUGUGGCUCCCAUUUCUGACUUUUUUGGACCAAUGUUUUUAUAGCUAUAGCUGUAUAAUGACUUUGAAUGAAGCUCUCUUUUACAUGAGAUUCCUACUCCUGCUAAACUGGCUUGGGGUGAUUCUGUCCUUUUGUGGACACAUCCAGGCGGAGCAGCCCCCAAAUCAUAAUCCCCCAGAGGUGGUCAUUCCUUUGAAAGUAACUGGCAGUGCCAGAGGCAAAAAGUCUCCAGGCUGGCUCUCCUAUAGCCUGCGCUUUGGGGGCCAAAGAUACAUUGUCCACAUGAAGGUCAAGAAGUUUUUGCUGUCCAAACACCUCUCAGUGUUCACCUAUACAGACCAGGGUGCUCUCUUAGAGGACCAGCCUUUUGUGCACAAGGACUGCUAUUAUCACGGUUUUAUGGAGGGGGAUCCAGAAUCCCUGGUUGCUCUCAGUACCUGCUUUGGAGGCUUUAAAGGAAUGUUAUACAUAAACAACAUGGCUUAUGAAAUCAUGCCCAUAGCAUUUUCUACCACAUUUGAACACCUGGUAUAUAAGAUGGAAAGUGAGGAAACACAAUCCCGUACAAUGAGACCUGGCAUUAUACCAGAUGAAAUAAUAGGUCAAGAUAAUGAUCAUUCCACUCUGGAGCAAAGUGCUUAUGUGGGCUGGUGGGUCCACUUUAGGACAAUUGAAAUUGUAUUGGUGAUAGAUAAUUCUCUAUAUACUCAUUAUGAAAACAAUGACUCAAUGUUGCUGGAUGAUCUAUAUGUGGUUACAAAUGUAGCAGAUUCCAUUUAUGAUGUGCUAGGCAUUAAGAUGCUGGUGUUUGCUCUGGAGAUCUGGAAUAAUGAAAAUUUGGUUAUAGUAGAUGAUGUAAGAAGAUCUUUUCAGUAUUUUUGCAAUUGGAAAUAUGCAAAUGUGUUGCCCCGGAUAAAACAUGAUAUGUCACUACUUUUUAUAAACAAGAAUUUAAAAGGAUUAAGCGGCCUAGGGUUAACUGGAGGAAUAUGUGUACCAUAUAAGAGUUGUGGAAUUGUUACUUUCUUAAACAGAACCUUGACAAUUUGUGGAAUUGCCAUGGCUCAUCACAUAGGUCAUAAUUUGGGCAUGUUCCAUGAUGAGGAUCAAUGUGUAUGUGGGAACUCAAAAUGCAUAAUGCAUGCAGAUAACCCACCAACAACAAAAUUUAGCAAUUGCAGUUUUAAUAGAUUUUGGUGGUACACUGUAGAAAGGACAACAUGUUUGCUGGAACAGGACUACACCAAGGACAUCUUCAACAACACACGCUGUGGGAAUGGCAUUAUUGAAGAAGAAGAGGAAUGUGACUGUGGAGCUUUACAGCGUUGUGCAAAAGAUCCCUGUUGUAUGCCAAACUGCACUUUAAUUAAUGGGGCUGCUUGUGCUUCUGGGCCUUGUUGUGAAAACUGCAAAUUCUUACCAUCAGGGUCCGUGUGUAGAAAGAAAGACAAUAUGUGUGAUCUUCCAGAGUGGUGCAGUGGGACGUCUCAUAAGUGUCCAGAGGAUGUGUAUGUGGAAGAUGGAAUUCCUUGUAGUGACACAUCUUUCUGCUAUGAAAAAAGAUGUAGUGACCGCACUGAACAGUGUAGGCGUAUUUUUGGCAAGAAAGCAAAGAGUGCAAAUCGGAUUUGCUACGAAGAAGUGAACACCCAAGGUACUCGUUUUGGUCACUGUGGUAUCAAGGGUGUUACAUAUAAAAAAUGCGAUAUCCCAGACAUCCUGUGUGGAAGAGUUCAGUGCGAUAAUGUGCAAGAAAUUCCACAGUUGAGUGAUCAUACUACUGUGCAUUGGACUCACUUCAAUGAAGUAACCUGCUGGAGUACUGACUAUCAUUAUGGAAUGAAUACACCUGAUAUCGGUGAAGUGAAGGAUGGCACAGAGUGUGGUCCAGAGCAUCUCUGUGUCCACAGGCAGUGUGUCCACAUAUCCAUCCUGGAUAGUAAUUGCUCACCUGCAUUCUGUAAUGAGAGGGGCAUCUGCAACAAUAAACAUCACUGCCAUUGCAACUAUUCGUGGGAUCCACCCAACUGCCUGAUAAAAGGAUAUGGAGGUAGUAUUGACAGUGGCCCAGCCCCAAGGAGACACAAGAUGAAGGUUUUUAAUGCGGGCCUGGUGUUGUUUGUCCUUUUGAUUGCUUGCUUUGGUUGUAUAAUUAUUUUUUGCUCAAAAAGAAAAAGAAAGAAAAGAGUUCACAUUGUACUUCCAGACAAGAAUAACUCUGAGGAUGUGAGUGUACCUCCUGUGUUGCAUUCCCCGAUUCUACCUGGGAGCUCAGGUGAAUCAGUAAAAGUCCCAAAGUCUGUACUUAAAAAGAGUGUCCAUUAAAAAAUUAAUUCUUAUCAUGUUUCUCCUUACUAUUCCUUGUUUUAAAUAAUUUGAAGUUUUAUUUUUCUGAAAUUUUCCUCUUUAUAUUUCUUAGAAAAUAGUGUAGCAUGUGAGUGAUGUACCUUUUUUCUGUUGCUGCUUUUUAGCGUAGUUUGCUCCAUAGCACCACGUUUCCUACUGUAUCAGUCCUCUCCCAACAGGUACCAUAGUCAAGAGAAUGAGCAAGAAAUUAGAAAGUUGGGUUAUGUUUUCUUCCUUUUUAUACAACUAUUUGGUGAAGGUUUCACAAUGGAAGUGAUACAUGAUUUUAAUCAACUCUCUCCUUCUCCCUUAAUUCACUGCAGACCAACAUCAUUAUCAGACCCAGAGAUACCAACAUAAUUGUCUGACCCAUUCUAUUUUGAGUUCUGAACCCCUUUGAGUUCUUUACCAGUGUUCCAAAUCUCUAGUGCCUACUCUGGAGUCCUGAGUUCCUCAUCCUCAUCCAAGGCGUCAGUUCUUACAGUCUUCUAGGUUCAGGGAACCCCAACUUCUUUCCUUUGUUUUUCAGCUCCAGGAAUAAAAUUAUCAUUUUUUAGUUAGUCCUUCUGACUUAGUAGCCGGUUAGUUGUACAGUGCCUUCUAAACUUGUUUUGUUCUUCAGUAGCUAUUUACCGAAUUCGUUAAAUUUUAUCCUAUGGCUUCAAAAUCAUUGCUGUGUUUUCUCUUUUUCUGAUUUAACUCUAUUAGAGCAUUAGCCUUGGAAUAAUGGAGAAAACAGGACUGAAGAGAUCGCAUCCAUUUAGUUCAUUUUUGAUUUCUAAUCAAAAUUUCUAAUUUUUCCUUUUCAUUGCCAUUCACUAUUUUUAGAAAAUUACUUAAACCUUUGAACAGCUGACUUCAAAAUGAGGGCUGCAUCUCUGAUGAUUCAACAUUGCCACAAGACAAAUCCUUAAAGAUGAACACUGCACACUGACCAAUUCAGAAGAAGGAGGUAGACUUCCUGUGGUACCCAUUCCUGACUUCUGCUCUGGACCAAUGUUU